AUGGAUUCCGAAAUGGUUGAUGUAGGGUUGGUUAGCAGCCAAGACAAGGCCAUUCCUGGCCCAUCCGCACUACUAGUUACUGCAACUGGGACCACAAGCCCUCUCACACCUCUCGAGCUCAUAGGGGGGCAAUACCUAGGAGUCCCCACGUCACCAAAAAGCUACAGGUUUAGUGGCGGGGGGCUGGCUGCACCCUCACAUCGCAAUGACAAGGAUUAUGAUCCAAAGAAAGAUGGGGAUUGCGCGGGGUUGAGGGAUGACGACAACGAGGAGGAGGAGAAGGGUGAGGAGGAGGAGGAGGAGGAGGAGGAGGAGGAGGAGGAGGAGGAGGAGGAGGAGGAGGAGGAGGAGGAGGAGGAGGAAGAGGAGAAGGGGGAGGGAGAGGGUAGUGGUGAGGAGGCUGAGGAGGAGGAGGAGGAGGAGGAGGAGGAGGAGGAGGAGGAGGAGGAGGAGGAGGAGGAGGAGGAGGAGGAGGAGGAGGAGGAGGAGGAGGAGGAGGUGUCCCAGUCGGGGAAGGCUAAGGGGAAGGCCAAGGGGAAGGCCAAGGGGAAUGCCAAGGGGAAAGCCAAAGGCAAGGGGAACGGGAAGAAGAAGGGCAAGGGUAAAGGCAUACAAGGGCACCUGAAGCAGUACGAGUUUGCCAUCGGGGACGAGUACUGGAUCGCGACCUUCUUGGAUCCGUCCAUGAAGGCCGAGUACUUCAGGAUGACACACUGGGAGCUGAUGCACUCAGGCAUAGUGGCACGUGACGGUGGGCGGCUUAAGCCACGUAUGAGUGCGGACAGGGUGGUGAGCUUGGUGCGCCGCCGAGUGGAUGAGUACCAGGCUCGAGCAGCACGUGAAGCUCCCACCCCACCACCAGCAGCAGUGGUGAAACCGUUCGAGGACGACGACGACGAGUUUGUGCUCUCGAGGGCACAGCUGCAGAAGCGUGUUUCAGCUAGUGCAGCGGCGAGAGCGGGGGGAGGGGGGACGUCGGUACUUAGCGGAGCUGACUGUCUCGGACGUGCCAGCGCUGCAGUACUGGCAGCGUGCGAGGAACAUGGACACGUUGAGGCAGAUGGCACGGGAUUACCUCGCUAUCCCCGCCACCUCUGCAGCUAG